AAGCAGGGGAAAAAAAAUCCCCGGAUUGGACCGUAAACAAGAAGCAUGAGAGAGUGUGAGAGACAGAUUGAGGUUUGCGUGGAUGCUGAAGGUAUACACGCGGAACACGACUCAGUUUCAGGGCGUUGAUGUUGAAGACAUCAUCCUAUAUGCAUCCCGGGGACACAAGAAGGAAUGUGCUCUGAAUUAUGCUUUGUGAGAGAGAAGAGAAAGAAGCACAAUAAACCACUCUGAGGAAUGUGGAAAGUCUGCACAAAAUUAAAACAUCACCAUCCAAAGUCCAGCCUUCUUAGACUACAGUGGACAUUUCAAAUCUUUUUUGACCACCCGAGAGAGGCCUGAGGGAUUAAAUCACAUGCUCCAUCAAGAGUGAUCACAAACCAAACCUGCUGAGACCUCACUCUCCAGUGCUGUCCAGUCCUUGAAUGCUUUCUAGGAGCUUCGAUCAACUCAAACUUUCCAAAGAAGUUAGCUUAUCUCGCUCGGAGGAGCCUCUGAUAAACGCCAGGAACAAUUCAUGUUUUUUCUACUGAGGGUCUGAAUAAGAGCCGGAGCCCACUGGAGGGUCUCAGAGACACUUUUUGGGACCCUUGACUUGAAGGAGAAGGUCGCUGCAGUAACAGAAGUGAUGGGCAACAAAAAUGCCACCAUGCCGAAAGGUCCUGGCACCGGAACUACACAGAAAGACGAAGAAGUGUGCUUAGACAGUGCCACAGGAAGUGUCUCAGGAGAUGGACCGCCGGGCCCCAGCCUGGAACUCCUGGCGUCGCUGCAGUCCCUCAGAGACAACAGUGACUACACACUGCUGCCACACUCCCUGCACCAGAUCGCAGAGGCCUACUCGCUCAAAGAGGACUACCAGUGGGCCAUUCACUUUCUGCAGCUGGAGAAACUCUACCAUGAACGUCUGCUGUCCAACCUCGACACCCUGCAGGAGAACUGGGAAAGCCAGUUGAGGGAAAAGAAGAACACUGAAUGCAGUUUGCCUGAUGAGACGGACUCCAUCAGUCAGGAACACAUGGAGACUCUCGGCCAGAUCUGCAGGACACACCUCAGACCCUCCAUCAGUGUGGAACAGAACGAAGAAAAAAUAACCUGGACAGACAUUCAGAGCAACAAUGAGGCUCUACAAUCCGGCCAUGAAAACGUCAACAAGCCGGAAACAACACACCAGGAUGAGGAACAAGAUCACAGGGCAAAGAGCUCAGAUUCAGAACGUGCCUCACCACAGAGCGGCCAUCAGGAUGAACGUCAGGAGGAGGAUGGAGGAGAAGAGAGGUACGAGGAAGGCCACAGAGUAGAUGAGGAGGAGGAGACGUGUGAGGAGACGCCAGAGGAGGAGGAGGUGAAGGUGGAGUGGCCGACAGGAGUCCCCCAGGCUUCAGAUCAGGACCUGGCCAAGCUGUCCAACACAGAGGGGAGUUCGGCUGCAGAUGGUCUGGUGUCCAUUCUGAAGAGGAGGAGAGCAUCUCUGGAUGGACUUCCUCCCCCCAAUGACAUCAUCACUAAACAGAACUCCAAACGUAAAGUUCGCUUCAGUGAGCCAGAGGACGGCAUUGAGCAGGAUGAGGUAGGAGGAGAUUCCUGCCUGAUCCUGCUGCUUCUGUGUCUGGUUACCGUGGUGAUCAGUAUAGGCGGGACAGCCCUGUACUGCACCCUGGUGGACACUUACUCCAACAUCUGCACCGACUUUGCUCAAAAUGUGGACUUCUACCUCUUGAACAUACGGAAGUUCUUCGAAGGUCUCGGACACUGGCUUCCUCUCCGGACUUAGAACUUUUUGAUCUGCUCUCCAGACUCCUGCGCUGUGAUUUUACAGUUUAGAACAGAGAGCAGGGACGAGGGGGGUCUCUGAGCACGGCACUAAAAUGCCAUUUGAGUUUGAGUUCACUGUGACUGCAAACGUUCGUACAGGCAUUCAUUUGGUGCUGCCAUCCUGAGUGUUCAAAGCUAUGAUUUGAUCGACAAUGACUUGUGGGGUCUUUUAAAAGACUAAUACACCUGAGCUAUGAGUUUCAGAUUUAUGUUUAACUUAUGGAUGCUCAAAGCAACGCCAAAUAGUAAAAACUGUCAGAUUUCACAAGCCUGCAUGUUGUGAGGUGAGAAUUUGAAGAACCUCUUGUUUACUACUGUCUGUGUCGAUUUUCCAUCUUCAGCUGAACCUUGCAGACACCACACAGGAGGGCUAACAACACAUGUGGUUUGAACAGGAGUACGAGGUUAUCUGUGUUCUAGUGAUUCACCCAGAUUUGUAGCAAUCUUAGUUGUGUAUACGUUUGUAUUUUGUUCCAAAAGGCUUCUUGAUCUUGUCGUUUUUAUAUUUACAGAGAUAAGCUCUCGCUGAACUUUUAAAAUGUUAUUGACCCAAAUUAAGAUUUUCUUUCCUUUUAAAUCCAUGUCACCAUUAGCUUUUUCUCUGUUGGCCCAUCUCUGUUCAAUAAA